AUAUCUUGGAUCCGACGGCGCGACUGGCACGUCCUGACGAGUUCAAUGUUCACCUACACGAACGACGAACGAUUUCAAGUGCUACAUCCGGAAGGUACCAAUGUCUGGACACUUCAAAUCAAAUACGUUCAAGAGAGGGACAAUGGAACUUACGAAUGCCAGAUUUCGAGAAAUUCUGGAAUUGUUUCACAUUUUGUCAAUUUAAAUAUAGUGGUACCGGAAGCAACAAUCCUAGGAAGUGGUGAGCACCACGUCGACGUAGGAUCUAUUAUAAAUCUCGUAUGCGUAAUAGACAAGAGUCCAACGCCACCGCAGUACGUGUUCUGGUAUCACAAUAGCAGAAUGAUAAACUAUGACACAACGCGUGGAAGCGUUGUUGUAUUAACCGAAUCAGGACCAACCCAAAGCCGGCUAACCAUUCGGCAAGCGAUCGAAUCGGAUACGGGCAAUUAUACGUGCAGUGCAUCUAACACUAAGCCUGCAUCAAUCUAUGUCUUCGUUACAGAAGGUGACAAAAUGGCAGCGAUUCUCCGACGGAAAACGUCGGGAUCAAGCAGAACAAGAGAAAGUUUGGUGCUAACACUGAUAUUAUUCAGCGCCGUUUUAGUGCGAUAAACGUUUCAUUAAAAAAGAAAAAAAAAAUGUCCACAAUUAUCAUUAUUUCUUUUUUUGUGAUAGGUAGAUACAUUUCGCAACUAUUAUCUUUUUUCAACAUCGAGGUUAAUAGCAGCAAUUGGACAGCGCACUUUUCAAAAAUAAAAAAGAAAACAAGAAAAAAAAAUUUGUAUUAUCAAAAAGAGAAUAUAAUAUCACGAGUCCAUUAUCUGCCACCUAAAUUGUGUAAAUAUUAAUCCAAAAUACUCGGUGGACGAAGGAUGCCUAUCGAGAUGAGAUUUGGCUAUACUGACAUGAUGAUAACAAAAAAGUAUUUUAAGUUAAAAUUCGAAAAAAAAAAUUUCCUAAAAUUUUAUCGAAAUAAUGUUUUUUUCCAUUUUUCCGCAACAAUAAAGUAAAUGAAAGAAGAAAGUGUCUUGCGGCGAAAUUACUGGCCCGAGAGAACAGAGAAAAAUCAACUAAAAAUAAACAAAAGUUUCGUUUUAACAAAAUAUAUAUAAAUAAUUGUUUUGCAACAUGAAGCCAGCAAUUUCCUGAGGACAGAAAUGAAAUAUUGAUUUUGCAUUUCGCGUAAAGCCGGCUCACUCGAAUGUAUCCGUCGCCGGAUAUAACGACACGGAUAUGAGAGAAAACGCCUUCUCUCUCUUCUUGAAAUUAGACCCGAUUUAACGAAAACGAAAAGUGUAGCACAACAUAUAUAUAUAACACGUGUGUGUGUGUGGACUCAUGUCAGUCUAUCUCUCUCAAUCUGCCAUAUCCUCGCAAGUAAUCAUUUUAUCUUCGUUAUAUUUCCUGAUCGAAAUCGUUCGAGAUCCUUCCCUCCCCCUUCCCUUAUUCCCUUUAUAUAGUUCAAUCGUUUGAGUCUUCGGAGAGAGAGAGAGAGAGAGAAAGAUCUCUUCACUAUUUUCAUUAUAUAAAUCCCAAUCAUCUCUUCCGGUUUUAUUCCAGUAGCGGUGAAAUCAAAUAACUUAUUAUGCCCCUUUUCUGUGCUUCAAUUAUAUAUAAUAUAAUCUCUGAUAACAAAAUUAUUCUUUUAAUAAAUUUAACUUCUUCAUUCUAUUUCUCAUUCUUGUUUUUAACUUUCUAUUUAAAGAAAAGAAAAAUCUGCAGUUUUUAAUUAUUAAUUAGUUUAAAAGUAAUCUGAAAUUUCACUGCGGAUACUCCGAAGACCCAAAUACUGUACCAAAUAUAGAGAUAAUUUAAUGUCAUAUGUAUAUUACAUAAUAGCGAGAGCCACCGAAAUGCAUAUCGAUUGUGCUUUAUAGAAAUAUAAAUAAAAAAUCAUCGCCAUUUCAAGUACAUUCGGAUUUCAAUUUAGUUGAAUUUAAACAAUUUUAUAUUUAAAAAUUAUUAUAAAUUUUUGUAAUAUAUCCUCAUUAGGUACCAAUAUUAUCUCUCUAAAUUUAAAUCAGUAAAAAUGUUUACUAAUUUGUAUCAGCAACUGGCUUUUUGCUGCUGAAUUAGUAAGUUUUCCUAAUAAACUAGUAGAAA